AUGCGGGAAUGGAAGUCCAUAAGGGAUACCGAAGAGUUCAAAGUACCGUCCCGUGAGUGGAUUCGUAAGAUAGGACACCAGGACUUUUUUGAUUUGGAUCCCGAGGAUCUUCCGGAACCCAGUGAAAAUGAGUAUACUCCAAGCCUUCCACCUGGAGAAUUCGAGGUUCGCGAGGAAGACCCUUUACCCGAACCUGAAGAAGAAGCCGCUGCCCCGACACGAAGAGGUUCUAUGGAUACUGGUGAAGAUGUCCCCUUAGAUGGAGUAAAUGUCCCGGUACCAGAUGAUGGUUUCUUUGGUGACACUGCCUAUUUUCAAGACCAUUUCUGCCAGAGUUACCGCUGGGAAAUUGAUAUCACUCCCUCAUGUGAUGUGGACAAAGACCAAUUUGACUCGCCAGAUGCAUAUAUCUUGGCAGCCGUGAAUGAAAGAAAGAAGAAAUCGGAAGUAAGAUUGAAGGAACUAUCACAGGAUGAUCAAAAACUAUUCGCGGUGGCCAAGCACAAAGAACUCAAGGCGUGGUUGCACCAUCGAACAAUACGGAAAGUUGCACAAGGCAAGAUUCCAGAGCACGCCAUAAUGCGCUGCAGGUGGCUCUUUGUUUGGAAAAGUCCUAAUGGUAGUGAGGACCCUUCUGAACUUUCGAAGGAUGGCAAGAAGGCCAAGGCAAGGUUGAUAGUGAUCGGAUAUGAAGACCCAAACAUCGAUGAGGUGGUAAAUGAUGCACCAACGCUAUCCAAGGACGGGCGUAUGGUUGUGUUACAAGGGGUUGCGAGCCACCAGUGGCCAUUGAUUUCUUUUGACAUCUCAACUGCUUUCCUACACGGGAAAGGAGAUGGCCGACCUCUUGGACUCGUUCCGACUCCAGAGAUGCGUGACGCUCUGGAAAUGACAGAGACGGACCAGAUACAACUAGAUGGGGGAGCGUAUGGUAGAAUCGACGCACCAUAUCUUUGGUUCUGUGAAUUUCGGGAUGAACUGGUCCGACAGAGGUGCAGACAAUCACCACUUGAUCCUUGUGUGUUCACAUACCAUGUAGAAGGUAGUUUAGAGGGUUGUUUGGGCAUACAUGUUGAUGACGGGAUUGGUGGUGGUGGUCCUAAGUUCAUGGCCAUGUUGAAGAAAGUGGAAGCUCGCUUCAAAUUUGGGGCUUUUGAGACUGGUGAAUUUACUUACACAGGGAUCCGGUUCAAACAAUGGGAUGACUCGUCUAUUGAGUAUGAUCAGAUUGAUUACAUCGAGAAGAUUCCACCAAUUUCUUUAGGAAAGGGACGACGUGACGAUCCGGAAGCCCUGGUGACAGAAGAAGAAAGAACCAGUUUUCGAAGCCUCAUAGGAGCACUCCAAUACUCUGCUGUGCACAGCCGCCCGGACUUGGCUGCGAAAAUAGGGGAAUUGCACAGUGAGGUCACACGAGCUCGUGUAAAACAUUUGCUGUUGGGGAACCGUGUUCUUGCAGAGGCCAAGCAGAACAGAGACGAGGACUUCGAUCCGAGUGCACCGCUGCCAGAGGUGCCACCAGAACCACCUGAGGAGCUGAUGAAACUCCAACCAGCUGGGGCCAUCGAGUGGCCUCAGGUGACCAAGCGUGCAGUGGCUGCUGGGCCUGAAUGA